GCACCCACAAGAAUAGCUCAAACCUGCGUGCAUGUCUACAUCCCCGGGCAACACACACGCCGCGCGCCAGAAGCCUCGCAUCGCCAUCGCGUAUACAAGCCAGUAGGCCAGAGACCACAGGGGCAGAGAGAUCAGGAAACCUCUGCUUCUCCCUCUGACCCACUCCUCGUUCUCCCGAGCUCCUGUUGCCUUCCUCCCCACGGAGCAGACACGGCGAGAGUGAUCAGGGCAGGGGCCUGCUGCUUCCUGACUCCUGAGCUCUGCCGGGCCGGGCCAUGGCGGGACGGCGGCCGGCGUCCCUGCGCCUGUGCGCCUCCGUCGCGCUGCUCGUCGUCGCCUUCUCCUCUCUAACGCCUUCGUCAGAUGCAUACGAUCCGCUCGAUCCGAAUGGGAACAUAACAAUCAAGUGGGAUGUAAUACAGUGGACUCCAGAUGGCUAUGUGGCUGUUGUUUCUCUAUACAAUUACCAACAGUACCGCCACAUCCAAGCGCCGGGCUGGAAACUCGGAUGGGUUUGGGCAAAGAAGGAGAUAAUCUGGGCCAUGACCGGCGGCCAAGCCACGGAGCAAGGCGAUUGCUCCAAAUUCAAAAGCAACAUCCCCCAUUGCUGCAAGAAGGAUCCUGAGGUUGUGGACCUGCUUCCUGGCACACCUUAUAACAUGCAGAUCGCCAACUGCUGCAAGGGAGGAGUCCUCACCGCAUGGGCACAGGACCCUGACAAUGCUGUGGCUUCGUUCCAAGUCAGUGUUGGUCAGGCUGGGACGACCAACAAGACCGUGAAGGUGCCCAAGAAUUUCACUCUGAAGGCUCCCGGGCCCGGGUAUACCUGCGGGCCUGCCAAACUAGUGAAAUCUACUAAGUUUAUAUCGCCGGAUGGGAGAAGAUCAACUCAAGCACACAUGACUUGGAAUGUGACCUGUACAUACUCACAGUUUGUUGCUCAAAGAUCUCCAACCUGCUGUGUUUCGCUUUCAUCGUUUUACAAUGACACCAUUGUCAACUGCCCAACAUGCUCUUGUGGCUGCCAGAAUAACAGCACCGCACCAGGAAGCUGUGUAGAGGGUAACUCACCUUAUCUGGCCUCUGUCGUGAACGAUCCUAACAAGAAGAGCUUGGCACCUCUAGUCCAAUGCACUUCUCACAUGUGCCCAAUAAGAGUGCAUUGGCAUGUCAAAGUGAACUACAAGGAGUACUGGAGGGUCAAGAUCACCGUGACGAACUUCAACUACCGGAUGAACUACUCGCAGUGGAACCUCGUUGCGCAGCACCCCAAUUUCGACAACCUGACUACCAUUUUCAGCUUCAACUACAAAUCUCUGAACCCCUAUGGAGUAAUAAACGACACCGCGAUGUUAUGGGGCAUCAAGUACUACAACGAUCUGCUGAUGACGGCUGGGCCGGACGGGAACGUUCAGUCUGAGCUUCUGUUCCGGAAGGAGCCCUCCACCUUCACCUUCCAGAAAGGUUGGGCGUUCCCAAGACGAGUGUACUUCAACGGCGAGAACUGCGUGAUGCCGCCGCCGGACGCGUACCCAUGGCUGCCCAACGCCUCCCCACGGCAGUCACCUUCGGCUCUCCUCACAUUUGUUGCCGUCUGGGCAGCAUUGGCAGUCCUACUGGCCAAUGCCUAGUGAUGUACAUGUUUCACAGAAAGUUUUGACCUGAUUGCAUUGGAUGUUAUUGCCUUCUGAUCA